AUGUGUUUCGGCAGCAAGGACCAAUCCAACGCCCCGGCGUCCAAGCCGACGCAGCUACCACAACAGCGACCGUCGAGCAGCUCGUACCCAUCGAAAGCACAGGAGAGCACAAGCUAUGCAGCGCCUCCAGGCCCGCCCCCCGCCAAGCAAGCUGGAGGCCCUUCGAACCAAGACGAUUUUGCACCCCCCGACGGCCCCCCUCCUCCGUCUUCAUCGAAGCAGGCUCAAUAUGACGACUUUGCGCCACCUCCUGGGCCGCCUCCCGCUCACGACUAUGCGCCCCCCGCCGGUCCUCCGCCCUCACAGAAUGAAGCCAACAAGCAUGCGUGGGAAGAAGCAGUACCGGACACAUCUUUGCUCCCACCGCCUCCCAACUACUUCGGCAGUUAUGACCGCUCUCAUACCAACAACGCUACAGAAGCCGAGGCUGAGGAGGGCGAGGACUGGUGUAGGCGGUUCCAACUUUACGCCCCCAUGCAACUGGAUCAGCAAACCCAGAAGGCAAUUCAGACUGGUAACAUCAACCUGUUCACCCCGCCGUCCUUCAAAGGCGCUCUAGCGCAGACGGGUCUGGGAGUCUGGAAAGGAUUCACCUAUCCCAGUGCCACAGACACGUGUAUCGCUUCAUACCCACCGUUGUACAGCGCCAGCACACAUAGUCCAUUGGCGACCGGUCGGAAGAAGACAGCGUACUACGAGGUCAAAAUACUGCCUGAUAGCAGGCGCGAGAUUAGUCUAUCCCUGGGCUUCACGGCUCCGCCAUACCCCGCCUUUCGACUGCCUGGUUGGCACCGCGGCAGUGUGGGUAUCCAUGGCGAUGAUGGUCGCAAAUACAUCAACGACAGAUGGGGAGGCAAGGACUUCACGGCGCCGUUCAAGCGUGGUGAAACUGUGGGUCUCGGAAUCGAUAUUAUCCCAGGCCACGGCGGUGGGAUUGUGGUCGAGAUUUUUCACACCAAAGAGGGCCGCGAGGUUGGACGAUGGAAUUUGCACGAGGAGAUCGAUACCGAGAGAGAUCUGCCCGUAACAGGUCUCGAGGGCUUCCACGAUCUCUGUGCUGCAGUAGGUGUUUUUGACAAGGUUCACUUCGAGAUCGUGUUUGCCCCCUCGCAGUGGAAGUGGAAGGGUUACCAGGAAUGA